AUGUUUCUUGGUCUCACCACAACCGCCUUCGCUAACGCGACCGCGGUCCUGAACCUCCUGCCAACGUUGUCAGGGGUAGUCGGAGUCCUGCGCCCGGCCUCUGCCCUCGCGGUACUAGGCUUCCCAACGCCAUCAACGCCGGAGGCACAGAGACUAUCCCACUCGCUGGUUCAGAUGUACGGAGUGCGGCAGGCUACAAUGGGCCUGGCCAGCCUCGCGCUGUGGGCGGCCGGCGAACACCGGCUGAUGGGCGUCUUGAUGCUGGUCAACAGCCCCAUUGCAAUUGUAGACGGGAUGGUUAGUCGUUGGCUGGUCGGAGCCGGGGAGUGGGGACACUGGGGGUUCAUCCCCAUCGGCAUGAUGUUGACUGCUGGGCUUUUGGGGGCUGAGCGUGGUGUUUAG